GGGUAGUGGCACCCCAUCUUUUAAGCCACUAACCUGGGUAUAGUCUGUUCACCCCCCCUUGUUAUUCUGUCUUUCUCUUUUUCCACUUUUUUGUCUCUCUUUCUUAGAUUAUAUAAAAAGGGCCCCCUUUUUAUUCUAAGGAAAAAAGCCAAGGUCAAGAUCAACUUCUUCCUCUUUUCUCUCUCUCUCUCUCUCUUAUUUCUACUCCAGCUUAUUACUGUCUACUACUACUCGUACGGGUGCCUACACACACACACACACACACAGAGCAUACACAUUAACAACAACAUCAACAACAACAACAACAAACAAUGCAAUCAACAUUCAAGUGCCUCCCGCUGCGUAAUGCCACUGCCGCCAAUGUGAUCGAUAUAUCCAAAGUGUGCAGUGGUCGUGGCAGGAGCUACUGCUUGAUCCAUCGACGCUACUUUGAAACAAGCUGGUGUCCUGACUGUAGUCGCUCAAGUAAAUGUCCCUCUGUCUUCCAUCUUCACCUAGUAUACACAUACCCUAAUGUCGUCUCACACCUAUCACAUUUUGCAAUAGGUCAUCGUUUCUAAUCAGCAUCCAACAAAACAGCAAAAUUACCCACAACAACAACAACAACAAAAAGAAAAAGCAUCAUUCUUCUUUAUAAUAUCUCCUCUUCUUCUACUUCUUCUGUUCAUCCAAAACCUUCACGUUCACACAUAGCCAAAAACAACACUUCUUCUUCUUAUCGUGUCGACUCGUCCUGUAUCUUCUUUAUCGACAACGA